AUGCUAUCAAAAAAAUAUGCUAUUUAUUUGAGAGUAGUACGUAUAAUUUGUCAUAUCUAAUUGAUAUCGAUAAAGAUUUCUGAGACCUUUUAAAUGCUCACCUUCAUAUAUAUGUCCUUAAUUUCUGUUUAAAUUGAAAAAUAAAGCUUAUUAUAGUAAAUUAGAUUACUGAGCAUCACCUCAACUUAUGUGAGUACAAAUAUUAUUUUAAAAACUCAAUUUUUUAAUUUCUUUUUUUCUCUUUUGAAAAUUUUUAAGCGCUACUUUUUUUUUAAACUCGAAUUAAGUAGAUUGAGGAAAAAUAGGCUAAAAUAAUUAAAUCUAUCUUUUAAAAAAAUAAUAGAAAAUUACAUAGACUCAUUUUGA